AUCAAAAGUUCAAGUGGCUAUGUUUUAAGGUUUCAAAACUUAUGUAAUACUAAGCCUCAUAUUCGGCAUUCACCAUUUACAGUCCUCUUGUUCAUUGCAAUCCCCAAAAUGAUUUGUGCUGCCGACCUUUGGUUCUCGCCAGUAUACCAAGAGGGAACAGCCAACCUACAGAGAGGGUCUAUCGGGGUUGCAAAACACCUAUCAACCGUCCAGUGCACUGUGACCCUUACAAUCACUGGUGCUAUGCAGUCCACAGCCACUGAUAUCCUCAAGGUACAUUCCAACCUCCUACCUAUCAUGCUCCUUCUCCAGAACACCUGCUAUUGA